UGCCGAGAGCUUAAACCAUAGGAAACAAGGAAGGAUGAAUCUGAGAGCUCAGCCCACAGAACAAGCUCUAGGUACAGAGAAUGAGAUGUCUCACACUUCACACCUUCUGCAGUUCUAGGACAUGACUCCUCUUCUGCCGUGGAAGCUGAGAUUUUGUUCACCUGAAUAAUCAGCCCAUUCAAAGCAGGAUCUCUUGUCAUUCUGAGGACCCUAAUAGCACCAAAAUUGUGCAGCACUUCAGUGUAUGGAAUUGCUUGGAAGCCAAUGCCUACACACUGAUGGAUGUGCCUCGAAGAGCCCCAACAAGGAUGACAGUGCAAGAUGUUCCUGGUGCCUUUCCUACAGUGGAUGUCCCAGACCAUGCUCAUUAUACAAUUGGAGUAGUCGUUCUUACAGUGGGAAUCACAGGAACUCUGGGUAAUUUCCUGGUCAUCUAUGCUUUUUGCAGGAGUAGGAGCCUUCAGACUCCAGCCAACGUAUUCAUCAUCAAUCUAGCUGUUAGUGACUUCCUGAUGUCCGUUACACAGUCUCCAGUUUUUUUCGCCAACAGCCUCCACAAACGAUGGAUUUUUGGUGAGAAAGGCUGUGAGCUGUAUGCCUUCUGCGGAGCUCUUUUUGGCAUUACAUCCAUGAUUACUUUGAUGGUGAUUGCCUUGGACAGAUAUUUUGUCAUCACAAAACCUCUGGCUUCUGUUGGUGUGACGUCUAAGAAGAAGGCCCUAAUAAUCCUGGUAGGCAUCUGGCUGUACUCACUGGCUUGGAGCCUCCCGCCCUUCUUUGGAUGGAGUGCAUAUGUCCCCGAGGGUCUGCUGACUUCCUGCUCCUGGGACUACACAACUUUCACACCAUCAGUCCGUGCCUACACGAUGCUGCUUUUCUGCUUCGUCUUUUUCAUCCCUUUGAUUGCUAUCAUAUACAGCUAUGUCUUUAUAUUUGAGGCUAUCAAGAAGGCCAACAAAUCUAUUCAGACAUUUGGAUCCAAACAUGGAAAUAAAGAGUUCCAGAAACAGUAUCAGAGGAUGAAAAAUGAGUGGAAGAUGGCCAAAAUUGCACUGAUUGUCAUCUUACUCUAUGUCAUUUCCUGGUCACCAUACUCUGUUGUUGCCCUGGUGGCUUUUGCUGGAUAUUCCCAUGUCCUAACACCCUUCAUUAACUCCAUACCAGCUGUGAUUGCCAAAGCUUCUGUCAUCCACAACCCCAUCAUUUAUGCCAUCACUCACCCCAAAUACAGAACAGCCAUUGCAACAUAUGUUCCUUGCCUUCGAUUCCUGAUGAGAGUUUCUCCUAAAGACUCAAGGUCUUUCAGCAGUUAUCUCUCCUCCAGACGAGCAACAAUCAUCAGCCAGUCUUCUGAGGUCUGUACUGACACAGAAACGGAUACCCCCAGCAUGUUCUCCAGACUUGCUAGCAGACAGGUGUCCUAUGAAAUGGGCAAAGACACAACUCAAACUAGUGACGUAAAAGACAAACCUAAACUGAAGAGCCAUGAUUCUGGCAUAUGUGAGAAGACACUUGUAGAUGCUGAUGACAUACCCAUGGUGGAAUUGAAUGUCACAGACCAUACACCUAAACCUACUAGAGGUGAGAGCAUGAAUGUUAUUGGACAAAAAAAGGAGAGCCUCUCCACAGAUCAUCUGCAGCCCAGAUACCCAACAUUACAAUAAUAUACAGCAACAUCCAAGGAGAGGAGCUACUUUCUGGAUACAACUCUGGUUUCCUAUACUCUAAGAUCAACAGACAGAAGCAGAACUAGAAAUCCAACAGCUAAGUGAGUGGUACGAGCCAGAAUGUCACCUUAGCCGAUACCUCUGGAACAGCUACAGAUCAGAUGAAUACAGAAUACCUUCCAACACUGUUCUGAAAUGCUCCUACAGAAACACAACACAAGACAAGCACGGAUAAAAACAAGGGGAGUAAGCUUUUCAGCAUCAGAACUCUCUCCAGUGGUUCACUUCUUCAUCUGAGUCACACUGUAAUUUUAUUAUUUCUUUUUUAUGCAGCUCAUGAAACAAUUUCUUCCACUUGCAUUUUACUCUGCUCAGGUAUAUUCCACCACUGCAUGCACUACACACCUCCUGGGAUUAACUUGAGAGGAGAGGGAAAUAGGAGAUUCAAAACUGGCCUUUGUUAAUUUAGUGUAGUUUAACUUGAAAGCUAUUACAGAGCUAGAGCUGAGAGAUUUGGGGAAAAAAAGUACAUCACUUCCUGAAGAUGAUUUCUUCAUUAUUGUGAUGUCCCUCAACCGAAUGAAAAUUUAAUCAUACAGUCAGUGCUCCUUUCUCUCAUUAUUGACCCUUUUUCCCUCAUUUUCUUCUACAAACCAGUUAGAAGGCAAUGCACUUGAGAAGUAAUUUGAAGUCUUGGAUCCUUAUUUUAAUUUCUGGGGGAAAGAGAAAGGCGAUUCUGGGGAAAGAGAAAGGAAUAACACUGAGAAGGUGUAUGGUCCUUUCCACACUUAGCUUCAUUUUCCAACAGUCACUUAAGAGACUUAACCAACUCAUAGCUAACUUCACCAAAGCUAUAGGAAAGUAUUAGGAAACUCCUUCCGUCUUUCCUUUGGUGAGCUUCAUGAGAUGAGUGCAGAAUUCAAAGCAAUGAAAUGUCUUUUGGGUAAGUCAACACAUCUGCCAUCUAAUACUUCAAAGUGGUUUACCUUUAGAUGGGCUUUUGUGAAGUAAAUCAUGGGACAAGAAGGAUUGGUUCUCCAAAAACAGUUGUUCGAGAGAUGUGUGGAAUCAACACCAUCCCCACUUUAGCAUUUCAGUAGAAAGGAGAUGGAGCUAUUACAAUUCCUCUCUUCACCAACCACAACCAGAUAUUGACUCCAGGCAGAGUACAAUAAUAAACUGGUAACAAAUACAUCUAGCAAGAAGGAGAAAGAGGGGAGAAAACAUAUAAUCCUCUGACGGGAAGUAUGUAUGAAGAUAUUGAUCAAGUCUAAGGAAUUUUAUUAUGACUUACUGCUUAGGUUUUUACAAUUAUUUAAAAACAUAAAGUAUGUAAUUGUUCCCAUCCUUUGUCAUGAAGACCACUCACACAAGUGAAAACUAGGAACAAGUGCUGCCUAUUUCAUACAGGUCACAAAAGGCUGAACCUGCCAAUAGGUCAAAAUUCAUACAUGCUGUUUCAUAUGUUAAUAAAAAGUGCAUAGUAUGUAUCCUAAAGAGCUAGACCCUUUGAUCCUGUAAUGAUUUUGUUCCCAAGCAGUAUUCUUGAAGACUAUACUCUGCACUCUUCUGCAUUCCCUUCCACUUUUAGAGGGUAUAAAAAGUUCUGUGGCUAGAAAAGCCUUACGAAUGCACAGCACGUUGUUCUCUAUGUCCUUUGACUCCAACAUGUACUAGAGAUUAGUUUGUAUCUAUAAAAAGAACUACAGCUGCUCAUGCUUGUUACUUGCAAGAGGUUUGAAAACCACAUACUAAUUAGGGAGAAUUUAUAUGGGUGCACUUCAAAACUCUUACAUGUACUCCCUGUGUAACUAAUAGCUUUGCUUUCCCUUCACCUCUAUAGAGACUACAAAAAACAUUCAGGGGAAAGCGUAAAAAAUUAAUUUCACCUGAGUAUGCCCAUAAGUGAUUCACACUGUAACCCCAGUGGCAUCUAGAAUAAAUCAUUAUUAGUUCAUA